CCGGCCCGGGCGUCGGGUGCGAAGGACCAGCCCCUCGUUACACUCGGAAGUCCCUGGGCGGGGCCCGCGGCGGUCACCGCAGGGCUAGGCACGUCGCGGCCGCUCAGUGUUUGGGGAAUGAAUGAAUGACGGCCGUCCCUGGGAGCUUCUCUCUCUUAGGUGUCGGCUCUACUUGUGAAAGGCCGCGUGGAACAGCAGUGAGGAGAGAUGGAAUGAUGCAACCAGAGAGGAGCUUCCAGAGUUUGGGCUCUAGAUACAGGCAAAACUCUUUCAUGUAUGAUGUGAAGCGAGAUGUGUACAAUGAGGAGAACUUUCAACAGGAGUACAGAAGGAAGACCGCUUUCUCUGGGAAGUUGGACAUCGACAUCAGCACCGUCAGUCACCAUGUCCAGUGCCGCUGCUCAUGGUACAAGUUUCGAAGAUGCAUGCUUACAAUCUUUCCCUUCCUAGAGUGGAUGUGUUUUUAUCGAUUCAAGGAUUGGCUUCUUGGAGACUUACUUGCUGGGAUAAGUGUUGGCCUCAUGCAAGUUCCCCAAGGCCUGACGUUUGGUUUGCUGGCAAGGCAACUGGUUCCUCCUCUCAAUAUCUCUUAUGCAGCUUUCUGUGCUUCAAUAAUUUAUGGAAUUUUGGGAUCAUGUCAUCAAAUGUCCAUUGGUACAUUCUUCCUUGUGAGUGCUCUGACGAUCAAUGUCCUGAGGACGUACCCAUUCAACGGUGGCCACGUAAUACUGGGAACUUUCAUCAAGGAUGACUUUUCUAACCUCUCCUUCUUUGAGAACUAUAACAAAUCCUUGAGUGUGAUGGCAUCCACAACGUUGCUGACUGGGAUUAUUCAGCUAUCAAUGGGCAUGUUAGGUUUUGGCUUCAUUAUCACUUACAUUCCGGAGGCUGCAAUCAGUGCUUACCUGGCUGCCACGGCACUACACAUUAUGCUGUCCCAGUUGACCUGCAUCUUCGGGAUUAUGAUUAGUUUCCAUUCUGGUCCCAUCUCCUUCUUCUAUAACAUAAUUAACUACUGUAUAGGUCUCCCCAAAGCUAAUUCCACCAGCAUCUUACUAUUUCUAACUGCUAUUGUUGCUCUGAGAAUCAACAAAUGUAUCAGAAUUUCCUACAAUCAGUACCCCAUCAAGUUUCCCAUGGAAAUUUUUCUGAUUCUUGGGUUCGCUGCAUUUGCAAACAAGGUAAACGUGGACACAGAAAACAGCAAGAUGCUCAUUGAUAUGAUUCCUUAUAGCUUCCUGUUUCCUGUAACGCCAGAUAUGAGCAAUCUUACUGAAGUGCUUUUAGAAGCGUUCUCCUUAGCUUUAGUGAGCUCCUCUCUGCUCAUAUUUCUGGGCAGGAAGAUUGCCAGUUUCCAUAACUAUGAUGUCAAUUCCAACCAGGAUUUAAUAGCCAUUGGCCUUUGCAAUGUCAUCAGUUCAUUUUUCAGAUCUUAUGUGUUUACUGGUGCUGUUGUCAGGACUAUUAUCCAGGAUAAAACUGGAGGAAGACAACAGUUUGCAUCUCUGGUAGGCGCAGUUGUGAUGCUGCUCCUAAUGGUGAAGGUGGGACGCUUUUUCUACAAACUGCCAAAUGCUGUGCUGGCUGGUAUUAUUCUGAGCAAUGUCCUACCCUACCUUGAAACCAUUUACAACUUACCCAAUCUGUGGAGGCAGAACCAAUAUGACUGUCUCAUUUGGAUGGUGACGUUCAUAUCUGCAAUUUUACUGGGACUGGACAUGGGAUUACUUGUUUCAGUAGCUUUUACCUUCUUCAUCAUCACUGUUCAGUCACACAGAACUAAGAUUCUCCUCCUGGGUCAGAUCCCUAACACCAAUAUUUAUAGAAGCUUCCAUGACUAUCAGGAGGUUACAAACAUUCCAGGGGUGAAGAUCUUCCAGUGCUGCAACUCCAUUACAUUUGUCAAUGUUCACUACCUAAAGCGCAAGCUGUUAGAGGGGGUUGAAAUGGUAAAGGUGCCUCUUACAGAAGAAGAAAUUUACAGCCUGUUUAAUCAAAAUGAAGAUGGCCCCCAGCAAGGAAAGCUUUGUUGGUGUUUCUGCAACUGUGAUGAACCGGAGCCACCGCCCAGGGUUGUUUACACAGAACGAUUUGAAAGUAAAAGGGACCUCGACUCGUCGUCCUCCAUUAACCUGGUCCGCUGCUCACGUUUCAAAAUCAUAGACACAAGCCAGACUAUGUCCGAUGACCAAGUACCGUACAUAACAUCUUCCACAUCCCAGAGAAAUCCAAACUACAAGGAGGUGGAGAAAGUUUGGCUUUCUGAUGACCCCUCUAGGAGCAUGUCGAUCACACUCCCUGAUGCUUCUGAAACUCAGGUUGGGGGUAGAACACUCCUGCCUUACUCGACUUCAUCUCUUCUACCCAGCAUCCACACCAUCAUCCUGGACUUCUCCAUGGUACAUCUUGUGGAUACACAGGCUUUGGUCGUACUAAGACAGAUGUUCAGUGCUUUCCAAAACGCAAACAUCUUGGUGCUCAUUGCAGGGUGUCACUCUUCUGUGAUCAGGGCACUUGAGAAGAAUGAUUUCUUUGACACUGGCAUCACCAAGGCCCAGCUGUUCCUCACCCUCCAUGAUGCUGUGCUAUUUGCUUUGUCAAGGAGGUUGCCAGAGUCCUCCGAGUUAAAUGUGGACGAAUUGGAGACAGUGAUACAAGAAGCCUACUCAGAAACAGACAAGAAAGAAGAAUCAAAACAUAAAAUGAGUAGCCGUCUUAUAGAAGCCCCCAGAAGUAAAAGUCCAGCCUUCAUACUCCAGGACCCAAUAACAGAGGAGGAAUCAGAGCUAGACUUUGAUCUGUAUCCCAUGCAGGAGUCAGAACAAGAGACUGGGCUAGAUCCAGACCUAGACCUGGAUCACGAGAUGGAGCCUGAGUCAGAGCUGGAGCCUGAAUCUGAGCUGGAUCCAGAGACAGAGACCAAGCCUGAGCCCACAUCCAGGCCAAGGUCUCAGCAGCAGUACUAGCCUCUGUAUCAGUUUAUAACUCCCCAGUCCCCACCUCAGACUCAGCCUAGGACACAGUCAGUAGAGAGUAGGCAUCAGCUUAUGAAUUCACUUACAUCCCAGAGCAACGCCAGUGAGGAUACCUUGUAGAUGAGCUAGGAAUAAGGGGUCAGAUUCCCUCAGCAAAUCCUCCCCACCCAAAUGGGGCCACUUGGUCUGGAGACGUAGGCUAGUUACAAACUAGCAGUACUUUCUUUGGGACUCCUCUACCUGUUGGCCUUCCUCCUUCCUCAGCGCUGGGAUCUCACUCCCAGAUCACAAUACUAAACACCAAGAAUUAUCUCUGAAUUCCUUAUCCAGGUUCACUUCGUUUCACCUUCAGCAGAUGUUCCACUGAAGGAUUUCCUUCUUCACACCCCUCACCUCUGUGCUUUUUUUUUUUUAAGACCAUCUCUAACUUAUUCCUCUCAUCUGUGUUCCCCUUUCUCUAAAGAGAUGAGGCUCAAAUAAAAUACAUAACUCUAGUUACAUUUGGAC